AUGUCUGCACGACCAUCGCGUCGAAGUGCGACAUCAGCUGAUGGUGGAUUGAAUCCAGCAACUAUUCAAUUCUUAGAUCGAGGCCGGCUUGUGAAAGAGUUAGAGUCAAGAGGCUUAUCGUCGGUUGGAGCAAAAAGUGUACUCGCGGAUCGACUCUACGAAUUCGUCGUGAAUGGAGUGCGAGAUGAGCCAGAGGAUAUAAAACCCGAUGUUCCGCUUCCGAUUAAAGAAUCUGGAAAUGAGGAAACACCGGCACCACAAGGAAAGAAGAGAAAAAAAGCAGCUUCGAAUAUUGAAGAGCUCAAUCAAAGUACAACAGACAAUAUUGUUGAGGAGCCAGCUCCAUCAAAAGCAAAGCGUGGACGACGAUCGACGAAUAAAACUCCGAUACAACUGGUCACAGAGAAUCCAUCAGUGAACCCAUUCAUGGCUUUCUUGGAACAAAGAGAGGCUGAGAAAGCGGCUGAAGGACUCCAGAGAACCAGUGAUGAAUCAGUAGUUGAAGCAACGAAACCGACAAAAGAAAGAACACAGAGGAGAGGAUCCCUGAAAGCUGUCAAAGAAGAACCGAAAGAACUUGAAGCACAGAAAGUUACAAAGAAAUCUGCAAAAGCCGUUGAAAGUGUUCCCAAAGAGAUCGCAAUUACUCCAUCGUUACUGCAAAAAGUCAUCAAAGCUGAUCCUGAAGAGUUGGAACCACAGCAAUCAACGUCUGCAGAGAUAAUUCCAAUCAAGACUGAGGAAGAGGUACAACCGGAGACAAUUGAAAGUGGACGACCGAAACGGAAUCGAAUCGCUCGAGUCAUUGCGACUCCGCCACCGGAAGAACCGCGUCGUCGCUCUAAACCAGCUCCAUCAACUGAUUCAACUCCGAAACAAAAACAAUCACCGGUCAAGAAUAAAAGUGUUGAGGUUGAAAUGGAAACCGAAGCACCAAGUGAAACAAUUGAGCCAUCGAUUAGACCGAUUGAUGACGUCUUCGAUGACGGCCUUUCAAGUGAUGAGGAUACAAAACUUCAAAGCGCUUUUGAUUCUCGAAAAGUGACUGAAGAUAAAGACUAUGUUCCGGAAAAAGAAAUUCAUUUAAAGGAAGAGAAGGAACAAAAAACAGAUCAAGAAAGGAAAAAAGAAAAGGAGGCAAGGAAAAUAAAAGAAAAGGAGAAAGAGAGAAGACGAUUGGAGAAAGAAAAGAAAAGGGAAAAGGAACGAGAAAAGCCGAAAGUGAUUCCGAUUACAUUGAAAUGGGCGGAAAUGAGAGAAAAGCUUCUAAAGGAACAACAAGAGACUAAAACUGCAGCGGCUGAAAAGGCUGUAGCUGCUGAAAAGGCUGCAGCUGCAUUAACAUCACAACAAUCAAACAAUUUGGAGAGAUCGACUACUACGAAAGAAGAGAAAGGAUCAAAAGAGCUUCCGAAAAAGCAAAAGGGCAGCGCUGCUCCACAGGCACAUGCUAGAGAGAAUGUGCUCGACUCAAUCCUCGGCGAUCAACAGCAAUUCAUGGCGAUUUGGGAGCGAAAAGAUAAACCAUUUGAAACGACACCCGACAAAAUGAAAGCAAAAAUGCAAGAAGAAAAACAGAAACAAGCGAAAUUGUUGGAAGAGAAAAAUCGAAAAUCGCUACAAGAACGUCGAGAAAGUCGUCUAUCAACGAGUCGAUUUGAUUUGGAUCCUGAGAAGAUCUCACUAAUACCCAUUCCACCACCAAUGCCACAGUUGAUCAUCCCACCUCGACCUAAAACAUUACCACCAACAUCCAACGUCCAACCGUCUCCAUCGUCCAGUUCAACGCCAGAUACGCAAACAAUUCGAUUAAUCCCACCGCCACCACCGCCGAAGUUAAAGCCAAUCAAGACCGUUCCCCCUCCACCACCUCGAAUCCCUCCACCUCCGCAAGUAAAACUUCUCCAAAGAAUCCCUCCACCACCGCCUCGCCCAAACCUUAUGAAAACGAAUGUUGAACUACGAGAUGCUAUUCCCGAAAUCGAGUCACCUGAUGAUGAACCACCGAUUCUUCUGGAAGAGUCGGAGUUUGAGAUACGUCUGAGUGAUCCAAACGCCGAGCCGAGCUAUCAAUCAGGCGAGCCAUCAAUCUCUGAUCAAUUCGUUGAGGUGUUGAAGGAGUUGAGAGAUCAACGAGAUGUCGAAGAAUGUUUAAUGGAUGUGAUCGAUUUUGUUUGCUCAAUGGAUGCUGUUUAUUUGAGCACAAAGAGUGGAUCAAACAGUCGAAAAGAAGAAAAUAUGGAUGUCGUUUUGAAAGAAAAUGAACGAGGGUCAACUGAUCACAGUUUAGAAAACUCGGAGUCAUUAUCAGAAACUGAAAACGAAAACUCUUCUACUUCAUCGACCCCAAUUGAAGAGUCGUCUAAAGUUGAAGAUAAAAGGAUAUCUCCACAAAAUGCAAAAGAAAAUGAACAACGAAGAGCGAGCAUGGACGUGAAUCUACUAUCGGAUCCGGUUCUGCUCUCGAAGAUGCUGAAAACGGCAAACGCCGUGCUCACCAGCUUCCAAAAGCCGACUGAACCAAAACAAGAAGAAGUCUACGUACAAGAAAUGCCAAACGAGGAAGAAUUGGAAGCGUCGGUGAUCGAAGAGGAAAGACCAUUGCCCGAAUUUCAUGGCGAACCCGUGCCUUCGGACGAUGAUGAUGCACUUUUUGAAGCCGCCGCUGGCAUUCCCCCAUCAAAGCGAACGAAGAAAAAGAAACGCGGAGAAGAAGAAAUUGAAGAGGAAACGCUACCACCUCAAGAAUCUUUUCAGCUAGAUUAUUACAAUGCUGAUCUUCAUGUGAAAUGCGAUAGCGAUAAAGAACGAGAACGGUGGUGGAUUAUUCACCCGGAUAACUCUGAUGGCUUAGCGUUAAUGUGGGGAGGAGUGAAGACAACGUUUGGCCUACCAAUACCCUACAACUACGACUUUCCUGAUCACCCGAAAAGAAAAGGAGUGCCCGAUAUUGAAAUAAUUUCCUCAACAAUAAAUGGAGCAACAAAGGAGAACAUGCGGCCGCGACGUCUUGCUUUUCAAAUAAAGAUCCUUGAGAACACACCGAUAAAACAUGUCCCCUUCGAGGAGAGCGAGCCACAUGAAGUCCGCGUCGGUUUCGCACUCGGAACCUCGCCAAAUAUUUUGGGCGAAUCGGCUCGAACGUGGUGUUUAUGCUCAUCGGGAAAGAAAGCAACCAACAACGUUUUUACUGAAUGGGGACGAGCCGGUUUUUCUGUGGGAGAUGUGGUGACCACAGAGUUCGAUCUGGAUGCCCAAUCGAUAUCUUAUUGGAUCAAUGGAGAAGAACGAGGAGAAAGCUUUUCGAAUUUAUCCUUUGACGACGGUGAUGUGCUAUUUCCGACUGUGUCCGCGAAGAACUGCAAGAUUGCGGUAAACCUUGGCAAUUACCCGGAUAAAAGUGAAGAUUGGGGAAAGAUCAACCCAUUGUGGACUUUUCCGGCGUGGAUUGAUGGGAGAACUCUGGUGCGAGCAAAGACACCUCCAGAAUCGAAAGCUGAUUGCACCGUUUUGAUGAUGGUUGGUUUACCGGGUGUUGGAAAAACUACGUGGGUCAGACAUUAUUUGCGUGAUCAUCCCGACGAAGAUUGGUCCUUGAUAUCGCCAGAUACGGUACUCAAUCAAAUGAAGGUUAACGGUGUGCCCAGGUCUCGUGUUCAUCGCGGUCGGUGGGAUAUGGUGAUGGGAUUGGCUGCAAAAAGCAUGAAUAGAUACAUUACGUUCGCCUGUAGACGAAGAAGAAACUACAUCAUUGAUGCUACAAAUUGUGGUCGCGAAUCAAGAAAACGAAAGCUUACAAAUUUCAAGGACUUUCGCCGAAAAUGUGUUGUAAUCAUGCCAACUGAUGAGGAAUGGCAAGGCAGAUUGGCCAGACAAGCACGCCAAGACGCUAAAGCGAUUAUGCCAGUCGAAUGCAUGCUGGAACUAAAAGCAACUCUUGCCAUACCGAACCCAGAGACCGAGCCACUCGAAGAGGUCCACUUCAUUGAGCCGACUGCCGACUUUCUACAGCAAGCCGUUGAUUUGGUGCAACGUUACAAUGAGGAGGCUCGUCCAUGGCUGCAGAAUCAACAUCGAAACAAGAGACGGCGAGGAGGCUAUGUGCAGCAAAAUGAUAGUAGAGGCUAUAACAACAACUCACACUCGCAUGAUGGUACGCGUCCAUCGUGGUCGAAUCUGAUGUCGAGUCUCCAAGCAUUUGCCCAUCCUCAUCAUACAACACAGUCAACCUCAACUGGCCCGCUAAGAGUGACGAUUACUGAUCUGACUCUACCGUCUCCACAGCUGUCAGCCAGUACACCAACCACCUCUGCUCCAGAUCCGUUUGCUGCAUCAGCUGCUUUGGCUUCAGGAAAAUCAGCAACAAGUCCUUCAGUGGUUCAAGGAGGCGUGACAACGCCGCAAAGUACACCGAUCCCUGCAUUGCCUCCUUUGUCUGUUGCAACGGAUUCUCCCACGACACCUACUCCUGCUACGACGAAACAGGCAGAAGCUAUUGCGGCAGCGGCGGUCAAAUAUUAUAGGCCGGCUGGAAUUCCGAGGUCACAAUGGGCAAAGUUGUCUAAACAACGAGAAGAUGCAAUCAUGGGCUUUCAUGGUGUUGCUGAGCCGCAAGAAGUUCAGCCCCAAGUGGUUACAACUCCAGGAGCCAAGCCGACGUUGCCUUUAUGCUCACCGAUUCCGACAAUUGGUUCACAACCUCCUCCAGGUUCAUUUGUUGCAGCCACACGGCCCGCUUCACCACCUCUAAUGACUUCGGUUGUUCAACCAACAGUGUCAACUCCGUCAGCGUCUGUGGUUGGAUCUUCACAUCACACGCCAAUUGGAACUCCAAUGGCAUCAAUGCCAUCGACUCCUGUUGUAACAAUGCCUAAUGCUCUUCCGGACUUUUCUCAACCUCCACCAAUGAUGUAUGCAUCACCAGUUGGUUCAGCGAUGGGUGGUGGAAUGGUCGACUUUUCAAUGCCACCACCGAGUUUUGGAAUGCCUAGUACUCCAACGUCAAGACCGAUGAUUUCUCCACUACCAAAUGCCCAAACUCCUCAACAGAUGCCAAAUGCUCAGCCGCAAUACCCAGGUCAAAUGCCGGACUUCUCUCAACCUCCGCCAGCUCCCUCAUGGCCAAACACAUUCCAACAACCGCCUUUCUAC